AUGGACGUCUCCAGCCAUCGUGUUUGGCUUCCGAGGCGGCACUACUUUGAAGUGACCGAUCAGCCAUGGUUUCCUCAAUUCCUGAGGGAGAAAGUCCAGGACUAUCUGACACUAGCUUGGAUCAAUAAAUUCCCAAUCAUCCAACCCACCUGUCCAGCUGCCCUCGUUGCCCGCCUCCUGUCCACAGUCCUUGGUCCUCGAGUUUCUGAAUAUGUCUAUGUGGACUUUGCGUCCGGUGCAGGCGGGCCUACUCCUUACAUUGAGGGCUUCUUGAAUAAAGAACUCCGUGAGGAGGGUAAACAAGACGUCAAGUUUGUCCUCACCGACAUCAGCCCGCACGUGGCUGCGUGGGGCGCCAUCUCAAAGAAGAGUGAGAAUAUCAGCUUCGUGGGGCAAAGUGUAGAUGCUACAAAUGCUCCAAGCGCCGAUACUCUUCUCAAGGAUGUGCCCGAUGCGAAAGACAAGAAAGUCAUGAGGCUGUUCAGCUUGGCUUUCCACCAUUUCGACGAUGAUCUUGCAGCAGAUGUUUUAGAGAACACUAUCCAGACGUCAGACGGCUUUUGCAUCUUCGAGUUGCAAUCUCGACAUUUAUCCUCUUUCCUCCUUGUCAGCCUGCUUUGGCCUCUAGCAAUGCUGAGCACGCCGCUCUACUUCCUGCAUUCUCCUGGUCACCUUUUCUUCACUUAUCUUGUCCCGAUUGUACCAUUUAUCUGGGUGUACGAUGGCUAUAUAUCUUGUCUUCGUACGAGAACUCCCGAUGAAGUUCGGGAUCUGAUGCGUAAAAGGGUUCCCAGCGAUGAGCUGGCGCGGUGGUCCUUCAAGACAGGUACAGUCUGUCACACGUGGCCAAUAGGGUUUCUCAACUGGAUUAUUUGUUAUAAAGAUGUUUAA